AUUGUGUGUAAUAUAAUGACGUAAAUCGUAAAUUAAUAUCUCCCCUUUCUCCGCUCGACCCUUGUCUAGAACAUCGUCAAUGCAAAUUUUUCCAGUUAUUUUUUCUCCUUAUGAGAGUUGAAAAGUGUCUUCAAAUUACAUAGCAAACACACCUCUUACGAAAGUAAACGAGACACGUAUAUACAAAAUAUAACAGCGCAUUUUUGGAGAAAAUAAUUACAUAAUUCGUUGUCAUUAUUGAAUUAAAAAAAUGGAUAAAUUGAGAAGAGCCCUAAAUGGCAAUGAACGAUGCGAUGAGGAGAGUGGUAUUAUUACACAGGUUGAUACGGAUUUCACGGUUAUGGAUCAAACGACAUUAAGUUGGUCUACCAGGAUAAAAGGUUUUGCAAUUUGCUUCAUUGUAGGCAUAUUAUGUUCGUUUCUUGGAUCCUUUGCGCUGUUCUUACAGAAAGGCCUCGCUGUAUUUGCUGUAUUCUACACUCUAGGCAAUAUUAUUUCUUUAGCAAGCACAUGUUUCUUAAUGGGUCCAUUCAAUCAACUUAAGAAGAUGUUUGCGUCAACAAGAUUGAUUGCAACUAUAUUAGUGUUUACCACUAUUGCUUUGACAUUAUUUGCAGCUUUAUAUUUGCACAAUCCUGGUUUAGCUCUCUUAUUUAUAAUUAUUCAGUCACUAGCUAUGACAUGGUAUUCCUUGUCAUAUAUACCGUAUGCUCGUGAUGCCGUCAAAAAGACAGUGGAAUCUUGUAUUACAUGAGAAAAACAAUCAUUUUUUUUUGUAUCAAAGUUUGUUAUAUAAAUAUUAUUUAAAUUUUACAGUGCCUUCUCUGACACUUUCAUCACAUAAUAUUUAAUGUGCGGGUUAUACUCAACUCAUUUUGUAAGAGAUAAAUAUUAAGCUAUUAAAGAUUAUAAAUUCUAUAAUAUAUACAAGACAAUACAAUAUUAUGAAAUAUCUUUUGUAUAUUACAAAUGAUAUACUUAAUUCCAUAUAAUAUGUACCUAAUAUAUUGCGCUACUUGAAUUGUGGACUGAAUAUGGACUGAAUUAAUUGAUACACAAUGUAAUAAUAAAUAUUAAAUAUUAUAUAUUUCUUAA